AACCGCACUUUAAUGGUUCGUCAAUUCUCCAAAGCUUGUUAUUGCAACUGUGAGCUCACAUCAAAUCAGCAAACGACUCAACAAUGGCGAUCGGCGACAUAGAGAAGAUGAUAGCAGUAGGUCUAAUCUGGGGUGCAACAAAUGCACUAAUGCGAAAAGGCGCAAUCAUUUGGGACAAAAAAUCACUCAAAUCCUCACCAUCCAAACAAUCCCCAACUCCUCUCCUUCACCAUCGCAUAAUUCUCUCUCUUCAAAACUAUCUCAACCUGUUUCUAACAUGGCAGUACUCAGUCCCACUCUUCCUCAAUCUCUCUGCUUCCGCCUCUUUCUUCGCUAUUCUUGGCCACACUCCCAUCUCUCUUGCUGUUCCUGUCACCAAUGCGACGACGUUUGCUGCUACUGCUGUAAUGGGGAUGCUUUUAGGGGAAGAAACUCGACUUGGGUAUGCUUUGUUUGGUACUCUUUUUAUUGUUUUGGGUGUUUGGCUUUGUGUGAGUGAUCUAUUUUUUUUUAUGGGGUUUAACUGCCCUUUUGAUCUAAUUCUGUAAAUUUGACUGAUUUUGUAGCCUUUUUUUGUUUGUUUCCUUUGAUUAUCAAAAUAUACUAUUGGAAUGGGAUCAUUGUGUUUGUUACUUGAUAUGUGCAAAUUUUGAAUGAAUGUGAACAUUUUAGAUUUUGA